CCAUUCGCACUGCCGCCUCGGCGCGCUCACACUCGCCAGGCACGCGCGCCGCACCUCCUCGCCGUUUCCGCGUUUCCUUCCACAACGGCGACCUGCCACGGCCGGAUGCCAAAACCGGCAACCCGGAGCGCGCGCCGUCGCAUAUAAGGAUGCCCCGUUUCCCUAGCCCUAGCCCGCGCCUCCUCCGACCCUCACCCGCCGCCGUCUCUCGAAACCCUACCCCACUCCGGCGGAUAGAUCCGGCACGUCCUGCCCUCUCCGCCGCCAGUCGCCAGAGAUGGUCGCCCGCAACUCAUCCGCGUACGCCUCCGACCCGGUCCACCAAGCUGCCAUGGCCGUCCCCAAGUCGCCCGUGCUAGCCGCCGACCCGCUCCACCAGGCCGCCGCGUCGGGGGGAAUUGACGGCGUUCCUGGAGCGCUCCCGACCGAGCAAGGGUCUUUGACGGCGCUGCCGCCCCCGCAAGCAGCGCCGGAGAUGGCCCUGCAGCAGCGCGCCACGUACAUAACGGAGCCGCCCCCGCCGCAAGGCACGCCUGUGAUGAAGACGGCCCCGCAGCAGGGCGCGUACAUGCCCGCGCCGACGCCCCCGCAAGGGCCCCCCGUGACGCAUCUGGUGAUGCUAGGGGCAAACACGGUGGUGCCGAUUUCCCUGCGGGAGCCGGUCAUUACCGUGCCCCCACAAGGCAGACCUGUGAUGGCACCUCUGCCUUUCCCUGCCGGUCCUCCAUCCUUCAUUCAUGAUGCCGGAUACAUGAUGGGGCAAUCACUGUUGCCUGCCGGCCCUCAACCCAUGACGGGGCUGCAGCCUCCAUCCGCCGGAUACAUGAUGGGGCACCCGCUGUUGCGUGCCAGCCCUUUACCGAUGACGGCGCUGCAUCUCCCACAGGCCGUACACAUGAUGGCACGGCCGCCUUUGCCCGCUGGUCCCCCUCCUCUCAAGCGUCACCGCCCUGACUACUUCGGCAUGCCUUUUGGACCGCGGAUGACUGGUUGGGAGCAGGAAAUGCCUGGAUUUGAUGAAUCAAUGGGACUGCCUUAUGGGCCUUACAUAAACAAUGAGAUGCCUUGUAUUGGUUCUUAUGAGCCAUAUCUUCCUUCAGACGCAUCAAACACCUUACAUGUUGAAGGUUUCCCACCCAGCUGUACUAGACGGGAACUUGCACAUAUAUUUUGCCCUUUUACUGGGUUCUGUGCAGUAAGGCUGGUCAACACAGGAUAUAAUAAUCGACAUGUAAUAGCUUAUGCUGACUUUGAAACUCCUGCCCAAGCCUUCUCUGCCAUGAAGUCUCUGCAAGGUUAUUUGUUUGACAUGCAUGACCGGUACUCAGUCAAAUUGGACCUCAAGUUCCUUCCUGGUCCGUCCAAGGCAUGUAUUACCGCAGAAAAAGAAAGCCUUCCGACCCCUUCAAUAAUCUUUCACUUACUGCAAAUACGAUUCGCAGUUGGGGAUGUGGCAGUGUUACCGAGGAGUGGGACAGCUUGUAUGCUCAGAAGGUCCAAUUGUUUACUUUCCUUUCUACUCUGCCCGAGCCCGCUCUGAGUUAUGGGCCGAGUGUUAAAACUAAUAUGGCCAAUUCUAUCGAGUAAAGAGAACAGAAAAAGAGUGACAUAAUAGUUCUUGAUUCGGAUGAUGAUGAUGAAAGCACAGGAGCACACAAAUAACUGACGCCUGAGAAAAACAAACAGCUCACACCUGAGAAAAAUAAACAGCUGAUGCCAUCAGAACAGGCUGGUGCUCUCACGAGAGGUAACCGAAAUUGAUGAAGUAAAUGAGACAAUGCAUGAUAGAGAUCAAAACAGUCAAAUUGUUCCAUAUAGUCCAAGUGCAACUUCAAUGAAUCAGUAUCCUUUAGCCAGCUAUCAACCAUCAGCAGUUCUGUUUGAGAGAGUUAUAUUGCAGAAAAGACCUGAGGAGGAACGUAUCCAUGAUCUGGCUGUCACUACCCAUAAGGAGAAAAUAGCAGAAACACAAGUUUUCCCUUCACUUCCUAAGGAGAGAAAAAUAAACGAAAAGUUGAUCCAAAUUCCCAAGUAGAUGGGGAUUUUGAAAUUGUGCCAAGAAAAAGAAAAAGAAAAAAUGAAGCAAAUCCAGCAGUAUUUGAUUUGCCCUCAGAACCUUACAAUCCUGUGGGGGAAGACGAGCCUAUGGAGGAAGAAAAUAUACAAGAAAAGGAAAGUGAUGGUCUUGAAGAUUUUUGGAAUGAGUACUCAGUGGCACUUGAAAGAUCUAAGCUCGACACACUUGAAGAGGCAGCCAAUGAGAAAGAGGUGAACAACGUCUGCAAUCAUGAAAUACAGAUUCAUGAAGAUCUGGGCCAUGUAUGCCGUGUCCGCGGUAUGAUUGUGAGAAGGCCUGACACAAUCAUUGAUUAUCAGUGGAGAAAGGUGUUUGAUCUGCUUCUCCAUUUCUUCCUUUUGGUGAUGAGGAACUCUAUAAGGCCUUACAUGAGGUGGAUCAACUCCUGGCAUCAAGGGGAUUUUAUGAUCCAAUUCUCUCUUGGGAGCUGGAAUACAGUGCCUUUCAGGAGUUUGAGCCACUAUGUUGUGAAUUUGAAGAAGAAAAGUUUCCACACCCUUGUCCAACAGCUUAGUGACUUGUUCUGCUGGUAUUUCCAAGAUUUCCUCACUGGGGUUGUAAACUGCAGUUGUGACUGUUGUUUUGCCUUGGAUAGUGAAGCUGAACUGAUUGUGUGGCACAUCAAAAGCCACAGGACUGACCAAUGAAAACCAAUCAUACCCUAGAAUCAUAUCAUGACUAGGGAGGUUGAGAAUUCUGAAAGAGUGUUCCAACUUCAGUUUGGCUAGUUGAAAAACACAAUUUGGAACUACAGCAGCAGAAAGCAGUAAACCCCCUCCAGCUACAGAAACCUUUCUGGGUCUAACAGGGAGGAAUUGACAGUUGGAUUUAAUAGCAAACUGUUCACUGAUGAAAGAGAUUGAACUUCCUGUAUCCAGCAGUGCUACUGCCCUUUUUCCAUUUACAUGCACAAUUACAGUAGGAGAAUGCACAGCAAGUUGCUGGCCCAUAGCAUGGGCAGAGACAAACAUUGCUUGCUCCUGUUGUUCUGUCCCUUCUUCCACUACUUCUUGUUGAUCAGGGUCUGUUUCUUCUGGACCAGAUUCUUCCAUUUCUUGUUGUAACAUGUGCACAUUAGGAACUAGAGUGCAUUUAUGGGCAUGGAACCAUUUAUCACCACAUCUCCAACAUUCCCCAGCUUUUCUGCUUUUCUGAUUUUGGCUAUUAAUAUGUUCAGUGUUCUUUGUGGCAGUAGUUGUUGGAACUGCUACAGUGUUGAUUACUUGUUUGCCAGCUGCAGGUGUUACAGUUUUCUGCCAGUAGUUAUUGUAAGGUACUGUGGACUUCUUGACCUGUGUCACAGGAGGAGGGUGACAAGGUUCAAUCUCCUUUGCCAAACAGUACGCAUCAGUCAGAGAAGUGGGUCGAAGAAGUCUCAGUUGGUAUUUAAUUCCAUCUCUCCUCCCAUUCACAUAGCACUUAAUAAACCAGGGUUCAGACAGUGUAGGAUUUUCCUCCUGCAGUUCAGCCAUUAAGUCCUCAAAUAACUUGGUGUACUCAGAUAUUGAAGUGCUGCCUUGUUUAAGAGAAGUGGAUUUUUCAGUGAGAUCAUAAGAGCCUUGUGCAGAAAAUCUCUUGAUGAUUUCUUUUCCAAAUUCUUGCCAUGACAAUUGUUUCUUGAGUAAACCAGAUCUUCUCAACCAUACAUCAGCCUCUCCAGUUAUGUACAUCUGGGAAAGUGAGACCUUGUACUCUUCAGGUGCUGCUGCCAUUUGGAAAUACUUGUUACACUGUCUAAUCCAACCCACAGGAUCUUCACCAGAGAAUCUAGGAAAAUCCAUCCUUGGACCUUUUGUCAUUGCUUUCAUGAAUUGAGCCUGCAUAUCCUGCUCAUAAGUUCUGAAGUAACCCUGCCAUAACUGUCUGUCCCGAGCUGGUUGCUGAUACUGUUGGAAAGCAGGAGUGUGACCCCCCCUUCUCUGUGUUACCAGUGUUCCAAUAGCACUUGUUGUCUCCAAGUUAGCUUGAGCUCCAAACCCAGGUGGUGGUGCAGUUAUGGCAGUUCUGAUCUGAGGUAGUUGUUGCAUAUGUAGUUCUUCCAUUUGUCUGGUCUUUUCCUUUUCUACUUCUAAUUGUUGUCUCAGCUGUGCAGUUCUGCUAGGUGGUCUGUCCUGCUGUUGCUGUUGCAGCGUUGGGGAUCUAACAACAGUGUCAUCUCCAGUUUGUUGCUCAGUUCUAGUGCCCGACCCCGAUGGAGCCACCAAUUUCUGCAAGACUGAACUCAUUGUGGAUAGUUGUUUGCCCAGAUCUAACACAGCUCUUUCAAUUCCUCCAACUUGCAGAGCUAUUUCACCUUGUUUGGAACUGAUCGACUGAACAUCUUCUUGUAAUUUGGACACAUCUGUUCGCAUGGCUGCAUUUUCCUGUUGAACUGCACCAAACUCGUCGCGGAUCGAGAGGACUUCCUGCCACUCGGCUUCAUCGACUGCCUUCGAGCGCCCCAUCUCCUUGAUCCAGAGAAGAGAGGGGGAAUUUUACCACCGUAGAUGCGGCAACCAGCCUCUCUGCCCCAAAUCCUGCCGCCGCCAAAGCUCCACGCCUCCUAAGGUGCACGGAUCAGCGAAGGACGUGGAAUUUUACCUUGCUGGAAGUGAUCCAACACAACCACUCCUGCUCUACUGAUCUGCACCCGAAUGAUCACUGCCGCCUGCGCCGCCCUGGAUCCGCCGCCGCCUGACGUCGCAGUGAGGGAACACCGUCACUGCUCACGCCGAUCGCCGCCCGCCAUCACCACACAACACAGGGAGGGAAUUGGGUGGGUGCUCUUGCCUCUCUGGAAAAAAAAAUUGAGAUCAGAUCGGAAGCUACCGAGGAACCACUGCUCUGAAUACCAAUUUGUCAGGUCCUAGAUGAUCUACGGGUUCAGAGAAGGGAAUUGUAUGGACGAAUUUCAAGUAAUUGCGAGGAAAGAGACCCCGAUCUAGGGUUCUAUAUUACUGUCGGCUGUGCCGUAUGAGUGUAGGUUUCUUCCUCAAUGGAAAUUAUGCCAGAUUCAUACCCAGAUCAGCCACAACCCGGCUGUUAAGUAGGUGGCCGUCUCGCAGUGGACGGAGACACAAGAGUAACAGUAACGGAAAGUAAAUCUAACGGUUGACGACGGGCGCAUCUUGAGGAGUCACUCUAGGCCGUUGGAUGCACCGAACCGUUAUGUGCCGGAAUUGCCACAGUGAACUGAAGGUGAAUCUUCAGAUAUCUUGGCCUGACAGUGUACCCGCCGCCCGUGGCAGACAGUAGGGGACCUCUCCGUCCAACCGCGCCGCCGGCGAGGAAGGAGGAAAUGGCGAGGAGUCAUUUUUUUGGAAUGGGGCAUGGGAGGAUUCGAGCGGAGGAGGAAGAUGGGGAGAUGAUGAGCCUUAAUGGUGAUUGUGUUUGAGGUUGGUAGUCGGCCUCUUAAUUGUGUUAGAUGUACAUUAUGGAGGCCCAGUCAGGAAAGCUUACUGAGAGCCACUGUUGUCUGACGGGCCGGCGCACAUAGAGGGCCCCUCUAGGAGACGGAGAGGGAGAUGGCGGUGGUGGCAGGUGCAGCGUGGUAUCGUAUUCGCGGUCAGCGGUGGUGAGAGCGCGCCACAUAGGAGGAUGGUUGGGAGGCGCAGCGACAGGCAGCGUCGUGGCGCAUGGCCGCACCUGCACCACGGGUGAAACAACAGCCGCUAGGGAGCUGAGGCAAGCCGCAAUCGUCCCUUAGUUUAUGUAUACUUCUCUUGUCAGCUGUCACUGUAAUUGUCAAUAGAAAUUCCAAUUUUGGUUGCUAAACCCGCAGGUUAGCACAGUAGGCCGAAAAACGUUGUAUCGGCCGCUUUGUCUCUUCUAAGAAAAUGAUGCAUCUUUCCAUGUUUAUUCUAGAAAGAACAAAAGUAGGAGAUGCUAGCUCUGUAAAAUUAUUCUCAGAUGGUGCGACAGUGCGACUGCUCCGUACAAAUGUGCAACUCAAGCAGAAAUGUUGGGUGUGCGUUAGUUCAGAGGAAAUUAUUUGGCCAUGAGCCUAAAAACAAGAACCUAUUUGACCAUCAAUUUGACCUUGAAAUGUUUUUCAAAUUUAUCCAUGAAUUUGAAUUGGAUUGGAUUAGAUUGCAUGACAUAUUAGUUAAAUGGAUGUUUGGUUUGUCUACACAAAGACCGGUAUGUUUGAUUCAUGUCAUUGCCAUAUCAUCCUUACAGUUCCCCUGUCAGUUUACCAUUGUGAUUAUAUUAGUGUAUUUUCCUUGGCAUUUACGGCAAUGUCCCUCAAUGUAUCCAUGAAAUGCUUGUUUUAUUUGCGUGUUUAAUAUGUUUUUGGGAGUCUAUUUCUGCUCAGAUACGCUUAAGAUACUGUUCCUCUAUGCAUAGGAUACAAUGCUUAUAAUAUAUAGCUGUUUAGCUGCUAACUCAUCACACUAGUGUGUGGUUUCGCAGAUUCACACGGUAAUCAUUUUGUACAACUACUCUGGCCAUGAGUAAUGUUAAUGUAACAUAUAAUGGAUCUUUCCAUUUUAUGGCUUCUCCUUACGUUUUCAACCCCAGUCUCUCGAAUCGUCGGCGCUUAAUAGAAAAAUCACUGUGCUAGUCAAUGUAGGUUAUGAGGAAUGGCCUGACAUGAAUGAGCCUACCCAGACUUAUCUUGUGUAACUUCACAGUUGAAGUAGUAAUAAUUGCAGCAGGUUUUUGAUGUUCACCUAGUUUCUUGACCUCGAUUCUUUGUGCAAUCCUCUGGUUAUUCGAAUAUGCCUUAAUGCAUUAUAGUAGACACUCUAAUUUAGCUGUUGGAUUCUUUCUGCACCGAGCUAUUUUCCCAUCAUGCCUUAUCUGGAUGCCUCUAAUGUAUUCUCCACUCUGGUCAUGUCAUGCGCUUAUUUCAACAUAAAUUGAACAUUGUUUGGCAAUCUAUUUAUUUUGUAUGAACAAGACAUCAUGCUGGAUACUUUGUAUGAAGGCCAAUGGCUGUCCACAGUUAAACAUAGUAGCUUUGAAGACCUGCAGAUUUAGUGUGUGCAUCUUUUAAUUUGCAAUGGUAAACAAUAGGACCCUCAUUAGUACUGGUAUGCUAUCUUGGCAGUUAGUACAGCCAGUAAACUGUUGUUUGUUUUGCCAUUCAGAUUUGACUACGUAGAACUAGGACCCUUUUGUAUGGAAUUUCUGGAUCAAAUCAAAACAGUCUUUCUACAUCUAAGGACCAUGUUGACAUGUAGUUCGGAUAGUCCAAUGCUUACCUUCUUUAGCCUGCAUAUAAUUGCAUGGCGAUACAUUUAGUUAUAUCUCUGGCUCAAGAGAAGGGCUGGGCGACCCUAACUAGACCAGUGUCAAGAUGCCAUCGGGGCUAGCAUCGUCAGACCAAGUCGGCGUUCUUGCUUGCAAAGGCUUGAGAGAAGAGGUUGGUAAAGAACACGACGUUGCCUUGACGAUGCACAUGGAUCCAUGCUGACGGACAACACAAAUAACCAGCCCGUCGUCCAUAAAAAAAUGGGGACGAGAACUUCCAGGCACCUCAACAACGCUGCAACAGGCAUCAUCGAGACGGGAUUGGAGCCGGCGGACUUUUAUUCGAGAUGACACCGCCAUCAGGGUAGGAACGACGGUGCUGUGAGACCAAAACCUAGUGCACAAAGGACAAGAAAGAGAAUCCUUUCCCCUCCGCGCCGCAGUGACGGAUCGUCGGUCGGAGGCUGAGGGGGGAGGAGAUUGCUCUUGUUGGCAGCUAGGGUUUGUUUCUUCUGUUAAGUGUGUUUGGAUGAACUCAAGUUUGUUUUUCUGUCGAAGAAAUUGUAAAGAAUAAACGACUUCAUGUAUGAUGCUGGUCCAAAAGUGGAAGCACCGCUUCUUUAGGUGUAGUGUUGCCAUACAUAAAAGAUUGAAAAAAACAAGAUAAAUAUUGGUAGGAUGUUUGUGCUCAAAUUUGACCAUGUGAUAUUGUGAUGCCAUUCUAACUUCUGCCUGG